AUGCCCAGUGAUCUCGACAGACAAAUAGAGCAGCUCACACGAUGUGAACCCAUAUCCGAGGAACAGGUCAAACGGCUUUGCUUCAAGGCCCGUGAGAUCCUAAUAGAAGAAGCAAAUGUUCAAGCCGUGGACUCUCCUGUGACGAUCUGCGGCGAUAUCCAUGGGCAGUUCUUUGAUCUUAUGGAAUUGUUUAAGGUAGGCGGGUUUUGCCCGGAGACGAACUAUCUUUUCAUGGGUGAUUUCGUGGAUCGUGGCUUCUACAGUGUCGAAACGUUUCUGCUCCUCCUGGCACUCAAAGUCCGCUAUCCAGAGCGAAUCACGUUGAUCCGGGGCAACCAUGAGUCACGGCAGAUCACACAGGUAUAUGGGUUUUACGACGAGUGUCAGAGAAAAUAUGGCAGCACCAACGUGUGGAGAUGGUGUUGUGAGGUGUUUGACUAUCUUGCGUUAGGCGCGAUCGUGGACGGUAGAGUUUUUUGUGUCCACGGUGGACUCAGCCCAAACCUGCAGGCUAUUGAUCAGAUACGCGCUAUUGAUCGAAAACAGGAAGUUCCCCAUGACGGUCCAAUGUGUGACCUCCUUUGGUCCGAUCCAGACGAUAUAACUGGAUGGGGCCUAUCUCCGCGGGGCGCUGGCUUUCUUUUCGGCGCCGACAUUACCAAAACCUUUGCGCACCACAACUCUAUUGACCUCAUCGCCCGGGCCCAUCAAUUGGCCAUGGAAGGAUAUAAGCUCAUGUUUGACAACAUGAUAGUGACAGUGUGGAGCGCACCAAAUUACUGUUAUCGGUGUGGUAAUAUAGCUUCGAUUCUCGAGCUAGAUGAACGCCUUGCUCAAGAAUACAAAGUUUUCCAACAUGCGCCCUCGGACGUACGCUCCAUCCCAGCAAAACGACCUCCUGCGGACUACUUCCUUUGA